AUGGAAACCGGAAAUAACGCACAUAGUGAUGCUGGAGCCAAGCACCAACAACGUGGAUUGGAUAUUUAUAGCGCGGAAGCAUACCUAGACUCUACAUAUGACCGGCAUAAAAAUGAACAACUUGCUGCAUUGUAUGAUGAAAGGUUCCAUGAAGAAAUUGGAAGACAUCCAAAUCUAUGCAAGCCAUGGGUAGAACAUAUAAAUCUACUAAAAUCACUUAGACAUCCAGAUGGAUAUGGACGGGUAUACAGAGUUAGGGAUAUAUGCACCCUUGAAAAGGUAAACCAAACGGAACGCAAACGCAGUGACCCCGAUACACCAGAUGAUAUUACUAAUAGGAUAUUGAACACAUACGAAAGGGCUGUCAAACGUGUACCGCUCAGCUACAAGGUAUGGUUCGGAUAUAUCAAAGAUAGCAUAGAAGCUAUACAAAAACCAUUCUAUGGGGAUCCUAUAUCACACAUGCGAAUUAAUACAAUUUUCGAAAGAUGUCUAGUACAUGUAUACGCAGCACCAGCAAUAUACAUACUCUAUGGACAGUUCUUAAGAACGCAAAAUAUGAUCACCAGAACAAGAAAAACCUAUGAUAGAGCGUUACUCAACCUACCAAUCACACAACAUCAUUUAAUAUGGGACCAAUAUCUACAAUUUGUAAAACACGUAGACAUCCUCCCCAUGGCAAAGGCUGUACUCAAACGAUACAUACAGCUCAAACCAAACACCAGAGAAACAUUAUACCAAAUACUCAAACGACAUAAGCAGUAUGAUGAAGCAUGUGUGGUGUUAUGCGAACUACUCAACGAUGGUAACUUCGUUUCGGAAAGUGGGAAGACACAAUAUGACCUUUGGCUAGAACUAUGCCAACUCAUCAGAGAUAAUCCACACCAAAUUAAAACUAUACCAAUAGAUGCAAUUAUCAAAGAAGGCAUAGGAAAAUACAGUGACCAAGUUGCACAAUUGUGGAUAAUACUGGCAGAUAUACAUAUUCUCAGGGGUCAAAUGCACAAUGCCAGAGAUGUAUAUGAGGAAGCUCUGAAAUCGGUAACAACGGUACAAGAUUUCUCAACAAUAUUCGAUGUAUAUGCAAAGUUCCUUGAAAAAUAUGCAAAGGAACGCAAGAAAAUUAAAAAAAAUGAUAUAGAUGUUGUCAUCACUGUUGACAGGUUAGAAAACCUUAUCAACAAUAGGGCAACACUAUUGGCAAAAGUCAAACUCAAACAGAAUGUACACAACGUCUACAAUUGGUUGCACUAUGCAAAACUCAUGGAAAAUGAUGUACAAAGGACAAAACAGAUAUUCCAAGAAGCGGUGGAAACCGUUGACCCCAAAAGGUCAGUAGGUAGGGUAACUGAAUUGUGGACCACUUAUGCAUCAUAUUUCGAGAACAGGGACGAUAUCACAACAGCAGACCAGAUAUAUGAAAAGGGAGUAGAGGGUAAUUUCAAGUUCGUCGAUGAUCUUGCAUCGGUAUGGUGUGCUUGGGUAGAAAUGCAUAUAAGGCAUAACAAUUUUAAAAGGGCAUUGGAAUUAGCAAGACAAGCUGUUGAUGUAAGAAAUAAAAAGGAACCAAACUAUGUUCAACAAAGGCUAUAUAGAUCAGUAAAACUAUGGAGUUUAUGUCUCGAUCUAGAACAAAAUCUAGGAACUAUUGCUACAGCUAGAGCAACUUUCGAUCUCAUGGUUGAACUCAAAGUAGUUACACCGCAAAUCGCACUCAAUUUCGCAAUGUACCUGGAAGAUAAUAAAUACUUCGAAGCAGCUUUCAGCGCAUUCGAAAAGUGCGUCGCACUAUUCAAGUGGCCACAACUAUAUUAUCUAUACCUGCCGUAUCUAACCAAGUUUGUAAAGAGGUAUAGAGGGACUAAACUUGAACGCGCGAGGGAAAUAUUCGAUCAAUGCUUACACUCAGGACAAGAUUCGAAAAAUAAAGAUAUACCGCCGCAAUAUGUCAAGUACCUAUACUUCCUAUAUGCAAAUAUGGAAGAAGAGUUUGGACUAGUACGACGAUGCUUGGGGAUACUCAAGGACGCCACCAAAUGUGCCGCAAAAGAGGACCAACUGACCAUGAUCAAACUGUAUAUCGCAAAAACUACGGAAUUCUACGGAAUAGUACAGACACGCAAUAUUUACCAAGAAUGCCUACAGUUUGUCGACGACGAUAAUGCAAGAAAACUAUGCGAAAUGUAUAUACAGAUGGAACGUGGACUCGGAGAAAUAGAUAGAGCACGCGCUAUUUAUACGUACUGCGCACAACUAUGCGAUCCUGCAAAACAUGAACAGUUCUGGAAAGAUUGGCGUGAAUUUGAGGUUUUGCAUGGAAACGAGGAAUGCUUCAGGGAAAUGCUACGCAUCAAACGCACUAUACAAGCCAAAUUUACAAAAGUACACUUCAAUACAGAAGAAAUUGAAAUGGAAAAUUAA